AUAUAUGUAAUAAAAAUGGAUCAUAAGGAAAAUCGAGAAACAAAAUAUUUCAAAAGCUCAUCACAAAAGUCGUUAUCAUGUCUCAAAACUUCGCGCCUAUCAGCAAGAUUUGCGCACACCUACAUGCCUACCAUGCCUACGCCUCAGAUCCGACCCGGUUCGUCGAGGCCAAUCACUACUGCACAAUGGUAAAUGAGGACAUGAGACAAUGUAUCAUCUAUGAUUCUCCUGAUACCGGAGCCCGCCUCAUCGGCAUCGAGUAUUUGAUUUCACCAAAGCUUUAUGAAAGGCUGCCGGAGCAUGAACAGGUACUCUGGCACUCGCAUGUUUAUGAGAUAAAGAGUGGGAUGUUGGUCAUGCCUCCGCCGCCAGAGUGUACGGACCGGACAAAGUUGAACGAGCUAGAAAAAGAGGAGCUAUCGCAGCUUGUCACAUUUUAUGGGAAGGUAUACCAUCUGUGGCAGGUCGAUAGGGGCGACGAAUUACCAAUGGGAGUGCCAGAGCUUAUGGGCAGUAUAACUUCCGACGAGGCGUUGAACAAGGUGCUUCCCGGUGGGAAAGUGAAAUUGAGGGAAGACCACAAGUCGAAAUUUGGGGUGGAUCUCGAUGAAAACGCGGAGAAAAGGAAAGAAUUCGGUAAAGGGUUUGAGAUUCAUCCAAAUGCGGAUUCGAUGUGGAAGAAACAAGGCCGUUAAUGCUACGAGCAAAUAGCAGUACGGCGGAGUAGGGUGUUCUUUGUUGACCCCAUCCACAGACCCAGAUGUAAUCAUAGUUCAAGGUUGCUGAGAAAGAUGGCCACUCAACUUAUGGCUGUUUGGAACUGGAAAUGAAAAAUAAAAUUGAAUAAAAUUAUGAGAAAGUAUAUAUAUUAUUAUAUAAAAGAAAUGUCUCCCACCCGCACCUGCUCAGCUUCUCACCAUCCAUACUGAAAUGGAUCAGAAGUCAAGACAGAUGCUCGGGGAUAUCCCAGCCAUUUUAUGGCAUGUCAUCGAGACGUAUAAUUAUAAUAUUGCUUCACCGUCCACACUUGCUCGUCCUAGGUUGGAAACGGCAAGCUCUAGCAUUUAUAGAAGCGUACAAAUAUCACAGCGGAGAUAAUUGUCUCAAGCGGCUAAAGUUCGUUGA